ACUUGUUGGAAGUUGAAAGUCUUGGAGCACUUGGUGCUGAAAUCGGGAACUCGAUUACGCAUUCAACACUCAACAUUGCUCACUCUCCGACUACCACACUCUAAAACCCUAAAAUCGCUCUUCCUUCCAAUUUAUUGCGUCUCAUUUUCUCCUCAACAACAAUGAUGUACGGAGAACCUCCUCAGCAAUCGCAACAACCACCGCAACAACAACAACAACACCAACCACCGCAACAACAACAACAACACCAACCACCGCAACAACAACACCAACCACCACCACCUCCUCCGCAGCAUAUGCAACAUGGACCACCACCUCCACACAUGCAUCCUCCGCCGCAUUUCCAGCACGGUCCACCACCUCCCCCUCCGCCGCAUCAGCAUCAACAACAACCACCUCCUAUGGAGUUUCAUAGGGGUCCACCACCACCACCUCCUCCUAUGAUGCGACCGCCUUCCAAUACUAAUCUUCCUCCUCAUCCUCCUCCUCCUGAUUUUCAUCUCCCGCAACAGCCUUCUUAUGACUCUCAUGCUGAUAAUAGUUAUGCUGCAAAAAGAAUGAGAAAACUUACACAAAGACGAGCUGUUGACUAUACAAGUACGAUUGUUCGAUAUGUUCAGGCUAGGAUGUGGCAGCGUGAUUCAAGGGACCGGACAGUAUUGCAACCUACUCCUGCGGCUGCUGUUGAUUUGUUGCCACCGGCUGCUUAUUCUGAUAAUCCAUCGACGAGCUUUGCUGCAAAAUUUGUUCACACAUCUUUGAAUAAGAACCGAUGCUCUAUCAAUUGUGUUUUGUGGACGCCAAAUGGAAGGCGUCUGAUUACAGGCUCACAAAGUGGCGAAUUUACUCUUUGGAAUGGUCAAUCAUUCAAUUUUGAGAUGAUCCUCCAGGCUCAUGAACAAGCUGUUAGGUCUAUGGUAUGGAGUCAUAAUGAAAAUUGGAUGGUUACUGGGGAUGAUGGAGGCUCAAUAAAAUAUUGGCAGAACAAUAUGAAUAAUGUCAAGGCUAACAAGUCUGCUCAUAAAGAGUCCGUGCGGGAUCUGAGCUUUUGUAAAACAGACUUGAAGUUCUGCUCUUGUUCUGAUGAUACCACUGUAAAAGUUUGGGAUUUUGCAAGGUGUCAAGAGGAGAAGUCAUUAACAGGCCAUGGUUGGGAUGUGAAGAGUGUUGAUUGGCACCCUACAAAGUCGUUACUAGUGUCAGGUGGUAAAGAUAACCUUGUAAAACUUUGGGACGCUAAGAGUGGGAGGGAACUUUGUUCAUUUCAUGGCCACAAAAAUACUGUGCUCAGUGUCAAAUGGAAUGAAAAUGGCAAUUGGGUACUCACCGCUUCCAAGGAUCAAAUAAUUAAGCUUUAUGACAUAAGGGCUAUGAAGGAGCUUCAAUCAUUUCGUGGUCACAGGAAGGAUGUCACUACAUUGGCAUGGCAUCCAUUUCAUGAAGAAUACUUUGUCAGUGGAAGUUAUGAUGGCUCUAUUUUUCAUUGGCUUGUCGGGCAUGAGACUCCACAGAUUGAAGUUUCAAAUGCCCACGAAAAUGCUGUAUGGGACCUUGCUUGGCAUCCUGUUGGAUAUAUUUUGUGCAGUGGAAGUGGUGAUCACACGACAAAAUUUUGGUGUAGAAAUAGGCCAGGGGAUACUGGUCGAGAUAAGUUUAAUGUUGGCUACAACCAAGGCUAUGGGGAACAAAUUCCUGCUUUUGGUAAUCGUGCAGCUGGGAAUUUCUCCGUAGCAGAACCCCCAACACCGGGACCAUUUCCACCUGGGCUGGCACGAAAUGAAGGUACAAUUCCUGGUGUAGGAGCUGCCAUGCCACUUUCCAUCCCGCCUAUCGAUACUUCUCAGGCAGAGCAAAAGCAGACCCUUCCAGCACCCCCUUUGCCACCUGGUCCACAUCCUUCUCUACUACCUAAUAAUCAACCUCAAGGAUAUCAACAUAAUCCUCAGCAAAUGCCACAACAGGGAGUACCCCAACAAAUGCCUUCAUUUCCACAGCCACCUCCAAAUAUGCCUCAGCUACCGCCUCCUUCCCAUAUGUCCCACCUUCCACACCCUCAUAUGCCUCGUCCCCCUCCUCAAAUGCCUCCACACAGUAUGCCUUCUAACAUCCCAUCUUCAAUGCCUGGAUCCAUGCCGAUGCCACCUACAUCACUUCCCAUGCCAAUGCCUGGUCCAAUGGGAAUGCAGAAUGCUACAAAUCAAAUGGUUCCACAAAUGCAACAAGGGCAUUUUAUGAAUAUGAACCCUAUGCAGUCAGGAUCUAUGCCUAGUGGUGGAAUGCCCCCUCCUGGAAGUUUCUCAAAUGGGAUGCCAAAUAUGCAGGGCCCGCCAAAUACAAGUGGCUCUCAAAUGUAUCCACCUGGAGGUCCAUUCAACCGUCCACAAGGUGGGCAAAUGCCAAUGAUGCCUGGUCUUGGUCCUUAUCAGCCUGCUAAUCAAAGUGGAAUGCCGCAGCCUCCUCUCCCGCCUGGUCCACCUCCACAACAAGCACAACAAUAGGACUGCUGCCAUAGAUGUUAAUUAGGGUUGUUGAUGAUACUUAUGAGUGAAGCAUUCAUUUAAGUACUUGCAAUUGACCCACCUCAAUAUUGUAAGUUUCAGUGGGUCGGGUUGGAGCAAAAUCUUUCGUUCGAUUCUAACUAGUUUCAGGAUGCGAAUGACUGUAAUUGAAAUGAGACCGUGGCUUAAGCACAUUUUGUCAUAAAAUUUUCCGUCUCCGGUGAUGUUUUCAUAUUCUUUGUACAAUUAUCUGGAAACUUUUAUCUUGGUUACAGAAAGGUUCUCCAAUGGUGAGAAUGGGCAGCUUUCAGCCUCACCUCCUUUAAAAAAUUUAGUUUGAAGUUUAGCUUUUUGUGAUGGUGGCAACUUUUCACUUAGGAAAAUUUCUGACUUUUAAGUGUAAAUUUAUUGUUUCAACUUUUUUGAUGCUAGCAUC